AAAAGCGCGGGGCAAAACCCUGCGAUUUGUGGCGGGAAUCGGGGUAAAGAAAACGAAGGGGCCAAAGUCUUAAAAGAGAGGCAGCAGCUUUGGCGUUUGAGUGCCUUCAGAUUGUGGAAAUGGGGUCGGAAGCUGAAGCUCCUCUCCCCAAAUGGGCAUCUACGCCUUGCAUUAUGGGCAUUGACGAAGCCGGCCGUGGCCCGGUUUUAGGGCCCAUGGUGUACGGAUGCCUUUACUGUGCUCGCUCUUAUCAGAAAGCUCUGGCUACCUUGAACUUUGCAGAUUCAAAGACAUUAAAAGAAGAGAAGAGGGAGGAAUUAUUUGAGCUUUUAAAGGCUGAUGAGUCGAUAGGGUGGUCUGUUGAUGUUAUAGAUCCAAGGGAGCUCUCUGCUAAAAUGCUAAAGAAGCAUAAGGUGAAUCUGAAUGAGAUGUCACAUGACUCUGCAACUGGCCUAAUCAAAAGGGUAUUAAACAAGGGAGUUCUCCUAACUGAGGUUUACCUUGAUACAGUUGGAGAUCCUGACAAGUAUAGAAUCAAAUUGUCUGAAAGAUUCCCUUCCAUAAAGUUUGUGGUUGCAAAGAAGGCUGAUAGUCUGUAUCCAGUUGUAAGUGGGGCAAGCAUAGUUGCAAAGGUAACUAGAGACAAAGCCUUGCGAGAGUGGGUGCUAGAGGAAACAGCUGAAAACAUGCAUAGGAGUUUUGGUUCUGGAUAUCCAGGAGAUCCUGAAACAAAAGCCUGGUUGGAACAUCACAAACACUCAGUCUUUGGAUUCCCAACACUGGUCCGCUUCAGUUGGGGUACAUGCAAUUCAUAUUACAAGGAUAUGGUUGAAGUAUUAUGGGAAUCUGAUAAAGUGGAUGAAGAUGUCCCUAACAGCAGCAGUGGCAAGCAGUUGAAAUUAAGGAAUGUUGGUUUCACUACAUCAAAGAGGAAGAGUGAAGAAAUAGAAUCAAGUGCCAAAGGGAGCUGUAAGUUCUUCCAGGCUCGUAAGCUUGAGCUGCUCACUCAUUUCUAAAAAUGCAGUUUGAUGGCAUUUUCUUGUUGAAUCCCUUAUUACUUUGCGAUAUAUCUUUCUAGUUGAAAGUUGAUGCAUCUUGAUUAAGUGUUCCUAAUGUUCACUAUGUGCACAGAUUAAUUAGGCCAUGAAACAACUCCAAUGGUUUUGGGUGGGUGGAAUGGAGUUGGUAAGGGUUGCUAUUGUAGUUCAUACCUUUUAUAAGUCAUAGUGCUAUUUGUGCACUUUGAAGAAUUUUUUCCCCCCAUUUAGAGCUACCCUAUGGGUGCCUCUUGAUGAAUUUGCACAGUUUCGAAGCAUACAUAUGCUUA